UUUUAUUUUUCUAUUUUCCAAGGAUUCUUGAAAUCCCCAGUGGCAGCAAGGAACCCUCUAAAGCUAGCACAAGCCUCAGGAGGAAAAUCCACAUGCUUCCAGAGAGAUUGGCUGAGAAGGGAUCUGAAUGUGAUCGGAUUCGGUUUAAUCGGUUGGAUCGCACCAUCGAGCAUUCCAGCCAUCGACGGAAAUAGCUUAAGCGGCCUUUUCUUCUCGAGCAUUGGCACCGAGCUUGCCCACUUCCCCACCCCACCGGCCCUCACUUCCUCUUUCUGGUUGUGGCUGGUGUUGUGGCACUUGGGGCUGUUUGUGACACUUACUUUUGGGCAAAUUGGAUUCAAGGGAAGGACUGAAGAGUACUUUUAAAAUGGAUGAUUAUUUUCUGUGACAAAUUUCUGUUGUAAUAUUUGUGUAUGAUAUUUUUAUUACCUUGAUUUCAAUUUCUCGUACUUGGUAAUUAUUAAUAUUGCAUCAUGUGUUUGUUG